AUCGUCUCCUGUGUAAUGCGUCACAAGGCCGCCGCUGUAGUGUCCCACAUGUCCAGGCUAUCCCUUGAUGCCGCGGUGUUCAUGAUCCAUUCAUUAUCGCCAUUACACUCGCCGUCUACCACCGGACCUAUGGAACUACGUAACCGUACAACAGCUUCUUAAGACUCAUUUCGACUUUGUCGGGGCUGUCGUUUGGCCUAUUUGGUUUCUUAUCAACUCUGGCUGCCCUGCACUUCCUGAGAGAGCGAGGUUGGUGGAUUCGGCCCAAAGCUGUAUGCACGGCGCGUGCUUACAUGCGGUCCCAACUCGCCUCAAUCAACAAACUCAAAAUUAACAGACAACACCAGCCACUAAACCUAGAGACACAAUAGCACUACCGGCACAGCCAAAGACAGGCAAAUACAGACCACCGCCCGCCCACGAAUAACAACACAGUUAGUUCCUCCGUACGCGUCCAUCGAAAUUGAACCACACCAACCCUGCGCAGUACAAUACUGGCAGGUCAAACAGUCGCUCGCCUACAGACGUUAGGGUCAACAAACCAAACGGGCAGUCAUGGAUUCGGCCGUGGCUGGUGCAGCGGACAUCGGCCGGUAUGGCCGCCGAAUUGUUAGGAUGAUCUGGGAUCCAGAGCCAACCAACGACCCUAUCGCGAACCGACCCGCCUGGUGUUUAGGUUACGAAUACACUUUGGAGACAAACAUUACUUCGAAGACCAAGGGAGAGGAUAGCAAACUGUCAACUGCGACGAGCAGCGAUCAACAGCGUCCCCCUGCUCAGGCAAACAAGGUGCCCCAAAUGCCGUCUGCGCAGCUACCUACAGAAGCUGCUGCCACAGCACUCUCCGGAAACACUACACCACCUACACCGGAGGCUGCGCUGGAGCCCACAAAAAUCACCUCGCAACCGGCUGCAAUCGAUACCCCACCGGACUCGGUCGACAGCAGUUUCGACUCGUCCAUGGCAUAUGACGACGUCCCGGACGACGGAGGCUGGCCGCCUGCGUUCCUCAACGACUUUGAAUCGCGGAUAUGGAUGACCUACAGGUCCGGAUUCGAGCCUAUUCCAAGAUCCACGGACCCUACCGCUUCUUCAAGGAUGUCCUUUGCAAUGCGCCUCAAGACCAUGGCCGACCAGCAGGCCGGCUUCACAACGGACAGCGGAUGGGGAUGUAUGAUUAGGACAGGCCAGAGCUUGUUGGCAAAUUCACUGCUUACUUGCCGUCUGGGCCGCAGCUGGCGGCGCGGUCAAGCACCCGAUGAGGAGCGGAAGCUUCUUUCUCUGUUUGCAGACGAUCCUAGGGCCCCCUAUUCAAUACACAAUUUCGUCGCGCACGGUGCAGCCAAGUGCGGCAAGUACCCUGGGGAAUGGUUCGGGCCAUCGGCAACGGCCCGAUGUAUACAUGCUCUGGCCAAUGCAACCGAGAAUUCUUUUCGGGUUUAUUCGACCGGCGAUCUUCCGGACGUGUACGAGGAUAGCUUCAUGGAAGUUGCAAAGCCGGACGGAAAGACUUUCCACCCGACUCUAAUACUCAUUAGCACGAGACUGGGCAUUGAUAAAAUCAAUCAGGUCUAUUGGGAAUCGCUGACAGCCACUCUGCAGCUGCCUCAAUCAGUUGGAAUUGCUGGCGGCCGUCCUUCAUCAUCACAUUACUUUGUGGGAGCGCAAAGGUCAGACGAGGACCAGGGCUCGUACCUAUUCUAUCUAGAUCCUCACCAUACACGCCCGGCGCUUCCCUUCCACGAAGACCCACAGCUCUAUACCCCCUCGGAUGUAGACUCAUGCCACACUCGGCGACUGAGACGACUUCACAUUCGUGAGAUGGACCCCAGCAUGUUGAUAGGGUUCCUGAUCCUGGACGAGGAGAACUGGCAUGCGUGGAAGAGCUCCGUCAAGCAUGUUCAGGGCAAGUCCAUCAUUACAGUGUCGGAACAUGACCCUUCAAAGGGAUCGGCUUCUGGACGGCCAUCGGCCAUUGAUGAGGUUGAAACUCUGAGUGACGAUGAUGGCGAUACCGUUUUGGAUGGAUAGAACUGCCAUGUUCACUUUUUUCCGAAUUCGUCUUUGGCGUUUUGUGUAGCAUCUGUUUGGCGUUUUGUUGGGUUUAACUCAAUACACAGUCCGGUAGACAACGUACAGUUCUGUGAGGGGGAAAUGGCUUAUACUUAGGUACGUACGUGGUAGGUAUAAACGAUGCACUUACCAACCAUUGCGACCCCAUAUGUGUAUGUCUUUAAACAUUUCUGGC